UUUAUCCAGAAAACGAAGAAAACAAAGCAACAAAUUAAACCCAAUCGGAAUAGCAAUCAACUCCUCUCUCUCUGGCUUUGCUGCCCCCUGCUCCGCUCCAGAGGGUUGGGUUGAUACCUAUAUUUCGUCCUUCAAUUCCUCCAUGGUCUUUCUAUAAUCAACCAAUUCGCAGAUUUCAGAUACACGGCUAAACGAGUUUCUCUACUUCCAACAAUUUAAGCUAAUGUCGGCUGCUAUUCUCUCUAACCCUACAUUUUCCUCCUCUUUCCAUGGCCGUCGAUUAUUAAUUCGAGGCAAUUCGAAAAGGAGCACGCCGUGCCGCUUCACUUUUAAGAGCCCUAGAUGUGCCGUCGAUACACCCUAUGAAGGUAAUAUUUCAAAAUUUCCCAGAACUAGUGUGUGGGAUCCUUAUAAGCGGCUGGGUGUAAGUACGGAUGCUUCCGAAGAAGAAGUUUGGAGUGCUCGGAACUUUCUUUUGGACCAAUACGCAAGCCAUGAGAGAAGCGCAGAAUCAAUAGAGGCUGCUUUUGAGAAGCUAUUGAUGACCAGUUUCAAGAAUAGAAAGAAAACAAAGAUCAACUUGAAAACAAAGCUAAAGAAGAAGGUCGAAGAGUCUCCACCGUGGGUUAAGAAUUUGCUCAGUUUCGUCGAGGCCCCCCCUGCGGUUAUUGUGUUGAGAAGGUUGUUCCUCUUUGCUUUCAUGGCGUGCUGGAGUGUGAUGAACUCUGCUGAAGCUGGGCCCGCUUUCCAGGUGGCAUUAUCUCUUGCGGCUUGCAUAUACUUCCUCAAUGACAAGAACAAAAGCGUGCCUAGAGCAGCCGCUAUUGGAUUUGGAGCUCUUGUGGUUGGCUGGAUUUGUGGUUCUUUCUUGGUUCCCCUCAUUCCAUCUUUCUUAUUGCAGCCCACUUGGACUCUCGAACUUCUUACAUCCCUGGUAGCUUACGUUUUCCUUUUUUUGGCAUGUACUUUUCUCAAGUGAAAACACCUACACAAUCUACGAUGUUGUCGUUAGGUUUUUAGAAAUUGCAAUAGUUGGUUCAGAAAUUCCAUUUGCCUGAACUAUGAUUGAUCGAUUAUGUACCCCGAGUAUUUCACGAAUAUUCAAAUUCACUGUUGUUAUAAAUGCAAUCCGAGUGAGUUGGUUUUCUUUAUCACUCGAUCUC